UCGGCGGUGAGUCGCGGGACGGGACGUGAAGUCCGGGUGCUUGCGCGGUAGGGGAUGAGGGUGGUGGAGGCACGAGCGUACUCCGUACUCCGAGGGUUUCCAGGCAGCAGUCUACGGCCCGGGACAGAGAGACCAGGACCAGCCUCGGGAGAAGGGGAGCGAGCACCGGAACGGUAAUUCGCGGUACGCGUACGAACGCACGGAAAUGAGCGAAAGCGCUCGGCCGGGAGCUGCACGGAGCACGUGCCAGGCGCGCAGAAGGCGCUUCAGGCGACACCAGGUGCGCUAAUCGUGGACCAAUCGCGUGGGAAGAGCAAGAUCGCGGGUGAUAUAGGACAUUGCACCCGGGAGAAGCGCGAUCGGAGAUCGUGCGAGUGCGUCGGGGAACAGGAAUGACGCUGCAGGCCCGCGGUAGUGUGAAUGCCGCGCGUUCCAGGACAGUCCCGAUGCUCGCAGCCCUGGCACCGCUUCUUAUAUUCGUCGGCAUCGACGGCGUUGUGCACGGCAUUGCACGUUCCGCGUUUUCUCAAGAUUUGACAAACAGUGCCACGGGCCCAAUUUUUGUAGCACCAGUUGGGAAUCAGACUGCUGCGAUUGGUCGUGAAGUUGUCUUCUCUUGCAGCGUUCGCAAUAUAAGCAUUCGCAAAUAUAAGGUUGGCUGGCUGCGCACCUCGGAUCAGACGAUUCUCUCGAUCCACACUAGGAUAGUGACGCAUAAUGCACGUAUUACGGUCACCUACGAAAGCGGGGCAAGUUCCGGAUCCGCCAGUGCAUCCAGUGGUGCUACAGGAGUGACCGGAAGUAGUCAAGCCACAGAGGAAAUCGUCGAUGGCACGUGGCGACUGCACAUUCGCCAGUUGAAGGAGUCCGACAGGGAUUGUUACAUGUGCCAAAUCAACACUAGUCCGAUGAUAUCCGAGCUCGGUUGUCUCGACAUACACGUGCCACCUGACAUCGUUUAUGGUGGUGACACCAGCGCUGAUCUGGCAGUGGCAGAGGGUGACAACGCGACCUUGAGCUGUCGCGCGACAGGACAUCCAACUCCGAGAGUGUCCUGGCGGAGAGAGGAUGGAGAACCCAUUAGCAUAAGGGCUUCUACAACAGGUGGCAGCACUUUCGACAAGCAUGAUCACUACAACGGUUCGCUGUUGCAUUUCUACCGUGUCGAGAGACGGCAAAUGGGAGCAUAUCUCUGCAUUGCUAGCAACGAUGUACCGCCAGCGGUUAGCAAACGGGUGACGCUCGCUGUGAAUUUCGCACCUGUCGUAAAAGCGCCCAAUCAGCUAUUGGGCGCUCCUCUGGGUACAGACGUGCAGCUUGAGUGCAAUGUCGAAGCGUUUCCAAACACAAUCAAUUAUUGGGUAAAGAAUCAACGAGGCACUGAAGACGAAAUGUUAUUGGAAGGACCGAAAUAUAACGUGAGGGAGGAACGUACGGGAUACACAGUUAUAAUGUGGCUCUUAAUCAAAAAAUUCACGGAGAGAGAUGUCGGUAGUUAUAAAUGCGUUUCAACGAAUAGUCUAGGAAAGGCGGACGGAACUUUGAGAUUGUAUGAGAUUAAAAUCGGCUUCGACAGGGUGGGAUCUCGAGGAAAGGAUCACGUAUCUAUUAUUGGUGGUUUAGCCGAGGCUGCUCAAAGUUCCGGCGCAAGUAAUGGCGUCGGCGGUUUUUCCAGAAGUAGCUUAUGGCACAUCCUAUCGAUGUCUUUCUUUAUACCGAUACUAUGGCCACGGUGAAGAAGGCAUCCAUUCCUGGUCACCGCUAAGUUACUUAGUGCUGGGUGACUUUGUGCCAAAAAAAGACAAGAAUGUAGAGAGAAUGCGCGAAGUAUGAUAGAUAAUAUGGCAAAGGACAUAAGAAAGCGGACGAAGAAAGAAGAGAGCAAGAGGAGAGAGGGGGGGGGGAGAGAGAAAGAGUGUGUGUGUGUGUGUGUGUGUGUGUGUGUGUGUGUGUGUGCGCGUGCGUGCGUGUGUGUGAAUAGAAAUAAAAUAAUAAAUUGGAGUCUUCUACUCUCAAUUUUUCCUACUUUCCUUUCCUACAUCCGAGUGUCAAAGACUUUUUUUUAGAUCAAUAAAUGUUGUCAAUGUACGCGUCGCUUUAAAUUCGCGCUUCGCGGAUCGGCCAAGUAAAACUCGAUUCGCACUGUUCGUUUCACGGACAUCGUCAAGAAAUGAAUUGGCACUGAACUAAAAGUAUUCCAUCAGUUAUAAUUCAAUUUAAUGCACUUUACACUCAAGAUAUUCGAAUAAAAACGUUACAUUAUCCUCAAUGCAAGUAGUAUGAAUUGUGCCCGAAUAUACAGUCGAUACGCGAAUCGAUGAAUUCGAAAAGAAAGAUUCGCCGUCGCGAGGAUGCUUUAUGAAUCGAUAGUAAUCAACGGUCAUUUUGUCAUUGAUUUAGCAUACUGCUGACUGACUUUUAACGUUAAAGAACUUUGAUGUUUCGAAAUAAAAAUAAAAAUCGAACGUUGUUGUCA